AAAGGCCGGAAACCUUAUCCCGAAAUCGUAAACUCGAAGCCUGCUUCCAUCAAAACAAAGAAUGGUUGCGACGAUGCUUUCAUGUCUAGCUCAAAGCUAUCUCUCUACUUCGCCCGAAACCUUAACCAAACGAGCUCGGGUCAAUCUUCUCAACAGACCAAACACUCUUUUAAGGUUCCCUAACAGUGCGAGGCUAACUCCGCUUCCUCGGCGAAGGCUGCUUCCCCUUUGCUUUUUCAAUGCUGGCGAAGACCCUGAUUCCAAUUUCCAAGAAAGGUCCCAGGAAGAGACUAAUUUGGAGUGGCCUAUACUCAAGCGAUGGGAGGUUCCCUGGGAGUGGCAAACAGUUUCAUUAACUUCACUUGCUUGUGGAUUAAGUUUUAUUUUGACAGGAUUGAUAGAGACAGCAGCUAUACCGUAUCUAGGACUUAAAAUUGAAGAAUUGAGUUUGGAUGAGAAGGCUGAGAUACUGUUUGUGGAUCAGAGCAUUACAACCUUAGUUGUGCUUGGAGUUUUAUAUGGUGUAGCCAACACCUUUCAGCCCCUUCCUGAAGACCUAUUUCGCUAUGAUUUGAAGGAACCUUUCAAUCUACAGAAAGGAUGGGUCUUGUGGGCAGUGAUUGGUCUUGUCGGUGCUAUUAUUGCAAUUGCUUUAACAGGGGCUGCCAUGUCCUUGUUUCGUGGGGAGGAUCCGCAAAGAGAGACUGAUGCUCUAGUUCGCUUGCUUCCAUUAAUUGGGUCAUCAAGCAUAAGCACUGCUUGCUUGGUGGGCAUCACAGGUGUUCUGGCUCCAAUUCUUGAGGAGACUGUGUUUCGAGGGUUUUUUAUGACUUCCCUGACAAAGUGGGUUCCUACACCAGUUUCUGUAAUCAUCAGUGCUGCUGUAUUUGCUCUUGCACAUCUCACUCCUGGAGAGUUUCCGCAGCUAUUUGUGCUAGGAACUGCUUUGGGAUUUUCAUAUGCUCAAACUCGCAAUCUGGUGACCCCCAUCACAAUCCAUGCUUUUUGGAACUCAGGAGUGAUUUUGCUUCUCACCUUGCUUCAGUUGCAAGGUUAUGAUAUCAAGGAAUUGUUACAGGCGACCUCAUGAGGUUAAAGGUUUCAUUCCAGCAAUAUGAUAAAAUUGAGUUUUUCUCCCUGCUGAUGGCCAUGAUUAUGGAGCUUUGUGUGGGUUUACUUCUUUGCUGUCACUCUUCGUGCUUCAAAAUCAUUUUUUAGUGUCAUUGUGUAAAAAAACUGAGCCAAAGAAGCGUUAGUGUUGAAAGCAUAUGCAUGUAUAAAGUUGAUCAGUUAACUCCCAAUCAAAUUAUGAGCAUAGAUUCUUCAGCACAACUGGUAUGCAUUCUUAGAACUGUAAAGAAUUGCUGUUCUUUUUCUAAGUGGUUUCUAACUUUGGCAAAGACAAGUUCAUGGAGCCUAUAGAAUUGCUGUUUCGCCUA